GCGUGGUUAAUUUUUUACUUCCCGGUUGAACUCGUCACAUUUUGCCCGCGAUUUGUUUGGCGGGAUUCGUUUUGGAAAUAUACUCCUCAUUAUCGUGAAUUUCUGCAAAACGGCACUAUGCAGUUUCCUGGCAGAAGGAGAAAACUCAACACCAACAGCGUUCAGGGAGAGUUAUAUGAACAUUUACUACAGUUCUACGGACAGCCUCCCAUUGAAAACAUCUCCCUCACAGAAUUUGAGACUUUAGCUGUGGAAAGACUGAAAUUGUUGAAGACUGUUGAAAAUGUGGGAAUCAGCCAUGUCAAAGUAUCUGAGGAAUAUAAGAAGAAACUGGAUAGUGAGUUUAAAAACCUUAAUUUUCCAAACAAAGAAGUGGAUGACCGAAUAGUUCAGAGUGAAUAUGAUAAACGACGAAAGGACCACAUCUCCCACUUCAUCCUGCGGCUUGCCUACUGCCAAACGGAGGAUUUGAGACGUUGGUUUAUACAACAAGAAGUUGACAUAUUCCGUUACCGCUUUAAUGAUCUGAAACCUAAACACAAACUUGAGUUUCUCCACAGAAAUGAUCUUCAGUAUGGCACGAUUGGUGCUGAGGAGAAGCAAACCUUGAUGGAUAAACUUGUCAACUCCAGUUAUGCUGGUAGCGGGACCAAGGUGGAGGAUCAGGACAUCUACAAAGUGCCAUUUCAAGAUGCUUUGGAUUUAGUCAGAACAAGAAAAGUGUACCUUAAAGCAGGAUACGUUUACAUUCCCCAUCAGGACAUUGUCACAAUAGUUCUCAAUGAUUUCCGCACAAGGCUCUCAAAGGCUAUGGCUCUGACGGCUCGCUCACUUCCCAUAGUGCACUCUGAUGAACGGCUGCAGCCUCUCCUCAGCCACCUCAGUCAUGCCUAUGUAGGCCAAGAUUACAGCAUCCAGAAAAAUGUUGGAAAAAUCUCCUUGGACCAAAUUGAUUCACUCUCUGGAAAGUCAUUCCCUCUUUGCAUGAGGCAGCUCCACCAGUCCCUCCGAGAGCACCAUCACCUGCGUCAUGGUGGCCGAAUGCAGUAUGGCCUGUUCUUAAAAGGCAUCGGCCUGUCUCUGGAGCAGGCUUUGCAGUUCUGGAGGUCAGAGUUCAUUCGCGGAAAAGUGGAUGCGGACAAGUUCGACAAACAAUACGCCUAUAGUAUUCGCCACAUGUUUGGUAAGGAAGGCCGACGAGCGGACUAUACCCCCUACAGCUGCAUGAAGGUGAUCCUGUCAAACAUGCCCAGCCAAGGAGACUAUCACGGAUGUCCCUUUCGUCACAGUGAUCCCGAGCUGCUGAAACAGAAGCUGCAGUUUUACAAAGUGUCGCCCAGUGGAAUCAGUCAGAUCCUUGAGCUGGUUAAAGGGAUGCAUUAUCAGCUCGCCUGUCAGAAGUACUUCGAGCUGACGCACAAUGUUGAGGAUGCCAACUUCUCCCUGAAUCACCCCAACCAGUACUUCAUAGAGAGCCAGAGACUGCUGGGCGGAGGGGGCAAGGACCUCAAACGGGAGGUGGAGACGCCACAGAAAACAAAACCUGCAGCUGCUGCCCCAGAGCUCACAGCUAAAGACGUCCCAGAGAUAAUGGAAGACCUCGACUCUUUCUUCCAAGAUGCAUGAUUCCUGUUCACUUACUGCUCUUUUAUACACAUACCUCAUGAAUAAAUAUGUAAACCUGUCCAA